AUGGAGCGUCUUCGUCUCCUGCGCCUCCAACACGAAGACCUCAAAGUGCUCAGCAACGCCCCGAUCGCGGCCGGCGCGCACGGCGAAGUCUGGCUCGGGACGUAUGCGAGCCAGGCGGUUGCCAUCAAGCGCACCACAGACAAGUCGAUGAAAGCGAUCGCCAAGAUCUCGGAAGAAAUCCUCCUCAUGUCCCGAAUGGAUAGCCCGUAUAUCGUGUCGCUGAAUGGUGCGAGCUGGACGCGCCCGACCGACCUCGAGUGCGUCGUCGAGUACAUGGACCGCGGUGAUCUGCGGUCGUUCUUGUCGUCCACCUCGUCGGCAGCCUUCUCAUGGCACCAAAAGCAGGAGAGCAUCGCGCAAGUCGUCCAAGGGCUUGUGUACCUGCAUACGUUUGAGACGCCGAUCAUCCACCGCGAUCUCAAGUCCCGCAACGUCCUUCUCGACUCCAAGAAGGGGACCAAGCUCACGGACUUUGGCGAGUCGCGUGAGAUGGACGAAGAGACGCUUACGAACGGCAUUGGCACGUACCAGUGGAUGGCGCCCGAGAUCUUUACGGGCCACGACUACUCGACGGCGGCCGACGUCUACUCGUUUGGAGUCUUGCUCUCCGAGUACUCGACGCACCGUGUGCCGUACGCCGACAUGAUCAACCCGCGCACCAACAAGCCGAUGAACCAGCAGUUUAUCAUGGCGCAGGUACUCUCAGGCACAAUUACCCCUACGUUCGAGACGUCGACAACGCCGAUGUGGGUCCUGGAGUUGGCCAAGCAGUGCUUGGUCUACGACCCCGAAGACCGUCCGAGCAUGCUGCAGAUCGUCAACGUCGUGCUCAAGGCCACGGCGGCGUAG